CUUCAUUCACUUUCUCCAGCAACCAACCAUGAUGGGCGAAUCUGCCGAGUCCGCUGCCGCAGCCGCAGCCACCGCCGGUACCACCGACAAGCGCCGCGUCAUUGUCAUUCUCCAGAAGGCCCGUCUUGAGACUGUCAAGGUCGGCAAAGAGUACCAGUUGCUGAACUGCGACGAUCACCACGGAAUCCUCAAAAAGUUCAACCGCGACGUUGCAGACAUGCGUCCUGACAUUGCCCAUCAGUGCCUGCUGACGCUGCUCGACAGCCCGCUGAACAAGUCCGGACACUUGCAAGUCUUUGUCCACACUGAAAAGAACGUCCUGAUUGAAGUCAACCCGCACACGCGCAUCCCGCGCACGUACAAGCGUUUUGCCGGUCUGAUGGUUCAACUCUUGCACAAGCUGAGUAUUCGCGCAACGGAUGGCCCCGACCGCUUGCUCAAAGUCAUCAAGAACCCCGUCACAGACCACUUGCCCCCAGGGUGCCGAAAGAUUGGCUUCUCGUUCGAUGCCAAGCGCACUGUUCAGUUCAGCGAAUAUAUCAAGACAUUGCCUCCAACAGACCCAGUCGCGUUCAUCGUCGGUGCUUUUGCUCACGGUGAAAUCGACGAAGACUACUGCGAAGAGUCGAUCGCCAUUAGCGAGUACCCUCUUUCAGCCUCUGUGGCAUGCGGCAAGCUGUGUGCUGGCUUUGAAGAUUUGUGGGGCAUUUUGUAAUUUGGUUGUUUUUGUUCAAACAAAAAAGUGCAUUUCUUUUGCU